AGUUGCCGCAUGAUGGUCUUCUGUUCUUUCAUGGACAGUUAGGCUACAUGAAAGUAUGGAGUGGCAAGGGAGUAAGUACGAGUAUGGCUUCCUCCACAUACAAGACUGUUGGAGCCGUCUCUCUGAAGCGGAUUCACUUAACCUUAAAGAGUCCUGGAUUGCAUGGAGAAAAAAAUACCCGGUGAAGGUAGCUGUCUUGGAUUCUGGCAUCAAGAGGGACCACCAAGCGUUCGCACAUAUUCCUAAAGCUGAGAUUCAGGGGAAAAACUUCAUUUCUCCUGGGACUGAUGAUGAUAAUAUUGAUGAUGACAAAAAAAAGAAUAAGGGCCAUGGGACCAAAUGUGCAGCCAUCAUCGCAGGAGGGUGUUACAUCGCAGAAGAAUACAAGAAAGUAGUAAAGAAGAGUGAAUGCAAGAAAGGAGCAAAGAAGAAUGCUGAUCCAUUUCCAUUCUGGAAUGGAGUAGCACCAUUUGUAAAUCUCUACAUCUGUAAGACUGAGUUGAUUGUUGAUGCAAUCAAGAAUCUGGUUGGAGAAAAGAAGAACAGUGGGCUGCAGGUGGAUGUAAUCUCCUUGUCCAUGGGGUUGGAGAAGUACAAUGCAGAUUUAGAGAAGUGCAUCCAAGAGGCUUCACUCAACAACAUCAUAGUAGUCUGUGCAGCAAGUAAUGAUGGGCAUAAGAGCUCCAAUGCUAUAUGGUUUCCUGCACGAUUUGGUCAUGUCAUCUGUGUGGGGAGCCACGACUGUCUUGGCCAUGCAUCCAACUUCACACCUGUGGGAAGAGAAAUCGACAUCCUGGGACCAGGAGAGUUAAGUUCAGCUUGUCCUGUCCAUGGCAAACCCGAGGUCACAAAUGCUGUUGACGAAGCUGAAGGAACAUCGUUUGCUGCUCCAUUUGUAGCUGGCCUAGUGGCAAUCAUCUUGGCAAAUGCCCAGCGAAUAGGUGGACCAAGCCUCCGCAAUGCCAUUUCAAACAACGUGGUGAUGAAGCAGAUUUUGCGAGAGAUGGCAUCAGAACCUGGAGAUCACAGCCAGUCCCGUGGUCAUGGCUCUUUGGAUCUGCUUCGGAUUUUUGACUUCUCACAUGACUUCUUUCGCCAGAUAGUGGGGAACAUCACACCUCUAUCACCUCCUCCUGAACCAGACGAAGACUACAAGCUCAGGAACUAUGACCUCAGAAAAGUGGCAACCAACAUGACUCGUCCAGACCAGCUACUACAGGACGUUGAGUUUGCGUCAACCAUGGAGUCUGUCAUUCUACGUCUUCCUGAACAUUCAAAUCAGCCCAAAGAUCUUGAUCUCGAGGUCUUCUGUAACAAAAUUAAAACAGAAGUUACAGAGAUUUCGUGCCUCAGCCUCCCUUCACCAUCAGAUGCAGCCUACAUGUAUGGGGACACAACAGGAUCAGCUGCUUUGACGGAGUUUCUGACCCAGCUUGGAGGUGACCUUGUCAACAGUGUGGAAGACCUGUGGCUUAAAGGAACGGAGACCAAGCUGACAAUAGAAGACAUCAAGAAAAUCCUGCAGGCGCUUCGUGCUCUGAAAUCAGCUUCUACCAGUCAACUGACAGUUCACUGUGAAGAAGUUGAUGCGCUGGAGUUGAUAAAGUUCAAACCAACGCCAGACGAAAUCCCGCACAUUGCCAAUGUGAUGGUAAUCAUCCAUCAUGGCAAUGAAAUGUGUAAGUACAGAAGACUCCUGGUGGAACAAACAGGUCAACCUGCAGAAAUGGAGCACACGCUUCCCAAUACAUGUAUUACUGUAGAGGCAUGUUCUCCUGAGUGCCGACAAAAGGUACCAUGUGAUUCACAUCAGAGCUCCGGGCCAUGGGAGAAGCAAGUUGUCAGUAAAGAUGGGUCAAUGAUCAACCUUAAGUUCCCCAUCUCACCAAAGUCUGAUGAAGGAAAGAAGACUUUGUUGUCUCAAGCAAUGAACACAGUCAAAACUAAAGUCAAACCACGUGGGAAAGUGUCCUGUCUAAUCUUGCCUUGUGUAUCAGAUGCUGUAUUGGAAGACAUGGAGGGAGUGGAGGCUUUGAAGGCAGUCUUGGACGAGACUGGACAAGUCAACAAUCUUUUGCACUUGUGGUGUGGGGGCACUGAAAAUGAACCUUUGGAAUGGCAGCAUCUCACAGAGAUACUCCAAUAUCUCCAACAGAAGCGAAAGGCAGCGCAAAGUCUGACCGUGCAUUUCUACCAAAUCAAAGAACUCAAAGGCAAUCUCUCAGACAUCUCUGAUGUGAAUGUCAAAGUCAUCAUCCACCACCGUGACUCUGCUGCUGUGUGUACCUGGAGACAAGCACAAGGUUUCCGAGUUGGGAAGGAGCAUACUAUUGGUACUGGUGGCAUUGUUACCGUUGAAGCAUGCCCUCCUGGUUGUACAUGUAAUUCGACCAGGAAGGAGGUUGUAAGUGCAGAAGACAUGGCCUGUGAUAUCAUUUCAUGCGAUAAUCCUACAUCUCGAGAUGGAGCAGCGUCACUACGUGCUACAAUCAAGAAGCAUGCGGGUAACCUGAAGGAAGACGUUCACGUCACAGUAGCAGUACUUGGAAGUGGCAUCAACUUAGACCACAAAGAUGUAACACAAAUCAUCAUGGACAAAGCCUGCUUUGUACCCCAGGAGAGCUGGGAUCUGUCAGUGGACACACUCGGAACAGGAACAGCACUUGCAAGUAUUGCCACUUCAUUUGCACCUGCACAUACUCGGCUUCUGACAGCAAAAGUCAUGGAUGAACAGGGCAAGUCAAACCCAGCAUGGGUGGCCAGGGCAGUCGACUGGGCAGCCAACCACGGCACCUAUCCAGCCGACGUCAUCCUCAUCCCAGUAGGAUUUGAGAAGUUUGACCACAGGGUGUAUAAGGCCGUGACUGAAGCCCAGAAGAAUGGCAAGAUUGUGAUUGCAGCAGCAGCUCGCAACACAGAGGCACGAGAGAUCUCCUACCCAGCCAGACAUGGUGACGUCAUCUGUGUGGGCAGUCACUCCGGCUUCGGUGUGAAGGGACGGGAGAUGGACUUCCUCAUGGUGGGAGAAAAGAGCAUCAACAAGUACUCCAGCGUGUCUGGGACAUCAGUGGCCGCUGCCAUGGCAACAGCAGUAGUCGGCUUCACCUUGCUGUAUGCAGAAUCUGUCUCUGAGACUCCAGGUGAGGAAAGCCUGCGUGACCAGCUCAAAUCCAACACGAUGAUACGGGAGCUCCUGCGUGAAGCCUGCUCCAGCCGCGGUUUCCACACACCAGACCGCGGCUACGGCACCCUGGACCCUGACAGGCUAUUCAAGUGGGGACCACAACACUUCAAGGAGCUUGUCAAGAAGAUUACUGGGACCUAAACAUGUAGCAUGACUCACAGCAGAAGCAUUUCAUAGUAAAACGCUGAACUUUAUUCCAACACACAGUUUACAGAGAGAUCACAUUUUCAGCGACAGUGAUUGGUCAUUAAUUAUCCUGAUGAAGG